AAUCACACAGGUCCUUUGCUUAUUCCAUUAAGCACUUGAUGUCAAGCAUCACUUGGAAGCUACGACGAAAGCUCUAAGAUAUUCCUUCAAAUUGAACCUCUCUAAUGCUGCCACCGAGAUAUAGAAUUUGAUGCAAUCCAUAUACAAUCCAACGUAUGCUGAAGAACAAGCUAGAGAAGCAUUUUGAGUCCAGGUUACUACGCAAAAAAUGGCAUCCAACCAUCAGAUUGGUGUACUUGAAGAUAAUAUCGCCAUGUGGGAGGAAGGAGGGAAGAAGGGGUUAACACUCAACACCAGAGCAAUCAACAUAAUAUGGGGAGGAGAUGGCAGCAAAGGUAAGUACUGGAAAAGGAGUACAGAUGAUUCUUCUGAGUUUGUCGAGCUAUUGGGAGUUUACUGGCUAGAAGUCACAGGAAGGUUCCACUCCAUCUGCUCAGUCCAAGCACAAAAUAUUGCUGUAUUAACCUUAAACUGGCAUCAGCUGCUUAUGGUGGGAUACCGAUCCAGUAAUAUUCAAGCUCCAUUGCUAGGAAAUAAAAUAGCAUCUAAAGAAGUUAAGCUCUCAGAGCAUAUGGAUAGAGGAUGGGUAGAUGUUCCUGAUGGAGGAUUAGAGUUUUUGGUCCCUCAAGACAGAUCAGGAAUGCUAACAUUGCCAUGUAUGAGAUUGAGUGUGAGGAAUGGAAGAAAGGUCUGGUCAUUAGGGAAGUGAAAUUAGUUCCAGAUACUAAUAGUAACAUUACCAGCUAGGCAACCAUAUUUUUCCAGAUGAUAUAUCCAAGCAUGUAACUUCAGUUCAA